AGAGAGACAGAGAGCUAAGGGCUAAGGGAGGGUGAGAAUUUGUUCAAGGAAAAAAGGAAAAAGAGGGAACAUACUAGUAUUGCGCCUAACGGUGAGAAGGUUCGAGGGAGGCGCGCCCUGGGAAGAAAAUAAAGCAAAUAAUGAAAUAAACCACUUUUUCUUAUUCUUUCACUCUCUUCUUUCAAGGUCAACAACUAGAAGAAGUUGCAUUCUUUGAAACGUCCAUGGGGGUUUAUUGUCCAAGUCUAGUUUUCGUGUUUGGGUCUUGUUGGUCAGAAGAAGAAAGCACCGACUUUCUCAUUGUACAGAGAGAUCCCCGAGGAAAAGUCACAAUUGGUGCUAAAAAAUUCAUGGAUUUUGGGUCAUCAGGGAGAGAAGGGUUUAGUGAAGAAGAACAGAUGGGUAAAGGUAAGCUCCCUUUUUCUUAUUCUUCCUCUUCUUCUCCUUCAUCUUCUUCUUCUCAGCACAAAACCCAUCUGGUUCCUCCUCUUAUCAACUGCCGAUGGGAGAAGCAGCCUCAUCCGAUUUACGACAGCCACCACCAAAUGAGUCCCAACUGGUUAGGCAACAGGUACGAACCUGAAGAAGAUAACGAAGCAACUGCCACAGCAACUGCAAGUGAAGCUGAUUCCAAACGCGUAGACUCAGAUUCAACCCCUGAGCUCAAGAGCAGUGCAAGUGCCAACAUCGAGAAAGAACACAUGUUCGAUAAAGUAGUCACCCCAAGCGAUGUGGGAAAACUCAACCGACUUGUUAUCCCAAAACAACACGCUGAGAAGUAUUUCCCGCUUGAUUCUUCCACAAACGAGAAAGGUCUUCUGUUGAAUUUCGAGGACAGAAAUGGGAAGCCGUGGAGAUUCAGGUACUCUUACUGGAACAGCAGCCAAAGCUACGUUAUGACCAAAGGCUGGAGCCGUUUUGUCAAGGAUAAGAAACUUGAUGCUGGCGAUAUAGUUUCUUUCCAGAGAGGAGUAGGUGAGUUGGGUAAAGAUCGUCUUUUCAUUGAUUGGAGGCGGAGACCUGAUGCACCAGACCCGGCUUCUUUUCAUCCUCAUCAACACUUCUCUUUUCACCGCUCAAUCCCAUGGAGUCCAUUGCUAAUGCGGCCACCACCAACAGGAAGAGAUCACUUUCACUUGUCGCAGAUACACCCUCUAAACAGAAAUAGCUACUAUGGUGGUUAUCCAACUGGAAGCAAUGUGAUGAAUCCAGCUGGAGGGACAAUGGAAUCAGUAUUUUACUUGAGAUCAGCAGUGGCUGCAGCAGGCCCACAAAUGGGAAUGGGAAUGGGAAUGGGACUGGGAAUGAUGGAGUGGCAGCAGCAAACAGGUGGCGUUGUAGAGCCAAUUGUGUUUGACUCGGUGCCGGUGGUCCAAGGCAAGGCUGCAGCCAAGAGGUUAAGGCUUUUCGGGGUGAACAUGGAAUGCCCCAUAUCGGAGUCGUCGGGUGAGUGUGAGAUGUUAUCUCCAACUACCAUAGCAAAUGCUACAAUGGCAUCGCAGCCUCCUCAACUUUCAUCACCGUCACAGCAUCCUCUCCAAUUAAGGCUCUACAACGGCACCCCACUGCCCACUGACUUUCGUAAUGCCAACAAAGGGAAGGCUUCCAUGUCCUUGGAUUUGGAUAUGUGACCACAAGAAAUUGUAUCUGGUACGGUAUAUUCGACGCCCAAGUUAAUUAACUUUGCCACAAUCAACACUUGCCACUACCGUCAUCACCAACAAACAACGACAAGAAAUGCUCGAAGAUAAGGCUAGAAGAAUUGCGAGGCUAGCUGCUAAUCCGCUUCUUUUAUUUUGUUCCCAAUUUAUCACUUCCUGAUUCGGAUAAAGGAGAAGACCCAGCAGUUGAAAUCUCCAAUGCUGGUUUAUGAUCAUAUCCAUAUCUAUACUGAAUAAAAAGAGACGGAAGAAUAUUGAUGAGUAUUUGAGGAAAAAAAAUCAGAUUUCAAUGUUGUUGUUUUAGCGGUUAAUUAGUACAGAAGCGGACUUCAAGGUUUGGGUGACUGUGAAGAUUUAGUUAGAGAUGAGAUGAUCACAACCAUAACCCAAGGAGUCUUUUGUUUUUAACUUUGUGUAUAAAAUAUAAGUAUUACACAUAGAUAGAUACAUAUAUGAGACAUAGAUCCAUCAAGCCCGAGAUUUCAUGAUUGCUUUUUGUAGGGCCUGGUCUCUCCUGAAUGUAUCCCAUCCCAUUGUUUCCACUGAAUUAGUUCCCAAGUAUCUUUAUUCCCUUUGGCUCGUAA